GUGUGUAACAUCCUCCAAGACCAUUCCAUUCUGGUUGUACUACAGGUAGGUUUGUGGCGUACAUAGCAUAAUGCUGCUCAUACAAGGAGGAUCAUAAAUGAGUGGGAGCUUGGCUGGCCAAGAAAGCUUACUAGAGUUUAUGGGCAACUGCUAGAAGCCUGGAUGACCUUCAAGAGAUGGAACUGCAAGCAAGCCCCAGUUACUGAUUACUAAUGGUACAGAAAUUGUGGUUUCCCCCAAGGUUAACUUCAUUGGAGAUUACGAAUUUGAAUUCUCGACACAAAGAGUAGGUAUAGGCAUUGAUCUUUCUCCAUGGUCAGCAUCCCACCAGGAAACGCUAUAGGAUCUCGGGGUUUCCUCCUUUCACUGGAAACAAUAAUGUUUAUGGAGGGAAGGCGUUCAUGUUUUACUCACAAGUUACUUGGAUGUGGAAUAGACCAUAGUUGAUCUCUGUUGCAGUAUAAAAACAAACGAACCGACCGAAUUACUAGAACAGUUCCAUCAACGACCACGCCGACGAUUGUUGCAACCAACAAUUCCAAUAUAAGUGAAUGAUUUUCCUUUGUAAGCUCUUGUUGGUGAUGGGCUUUUCGGCUGUAAGUGCCAUGCCGAAGGCAGCGGAGACCAUCCGUUCUAAUGAUAGAGAGAUCAUUAUCCUUAUUAUGUAAAGAGCUACAAGGAUCAAUCGUAUUAAAUGACGGAGGCCAACGUCAAUCGUCUACCAAUAUCACUAGGAUCCGAGACAACCAAAGUUCCCGUUCUAUGGCCGGUUUUCAACAAAACGAAAGUGGUGUUCCGGAUAACUCCCUUUUCAAAGGAGACGCUCGGAUCACCAAACUACUAAGCCAAUCACCCAUCGAUAUCAUUACUGACAAAGCCAUCGACGCAGAUUAUGCUUCUUUUCAUUUCGGAAAUUACGAAAAGAUUUUUCCUGAGAGCUUAAAGAACAAUGGAGAGACCGUCAAGUUGAAAAUUGAGACGGAAGAUUUGGAUAAAGAUAAUCUCCCUUUCAUUUCUGGUGGAGGCCUGUCCGGCCGUUACAAAUUCGAACAACUUCAUUUCCAUUGGGGUGAAGGCUCGCGGGGUAGUGAGCACAGAAUUGAUGGCAAACAAUAUGCUGCCGAAUUGCACAUCGUUCACUACAAUUCUAAAUACGAAAAUUUUAUAGAAGCUUCUGGCGAAAAGGGUGGAGUAGCUGCUCUAGCCAUCUUAAUUGAGUUGCAAGCGAGAGACAACAAAGUUUUUCGUCAUCUUCAACAAUUUGAAGCAAUAAUUGAUCCUACUGAGAACGAUAGCGAUAAAUUAGAUGUUCCUUUCCCACUGGAUGAUCUUCUUCCCGAUAGUACUGAAAGCUUCUUCCGUUACAAUGGAUCGUUGACCACACCAGUGUUUACUGAAGGCGUCAUCUGGACAGUUUUUGAUACUCCAAUUGCCAUUUCGAAAGGCCAGUUGGCAAAAUUUAGAUUACUUCUGGAUAAGCAAGGAAACCGGAUAAAAGAAAAUGUACGGGAAGUUCAGGAACUGAAUGAUAGAGAGAUAUUCUAUCGUGCGGAGCAAAAUGCAGAAGACAACGACUUACCAGAUGACGACGAGCGACUAAGUCGUGAUUCCUAGUGACAAGUGAUCCGAGUUUUGAAGGAAGAGUUCAAAACUGCUCCUCAUUUUCGAAGUGCGUUCUCAGAAUCAAAGGAACUAGGAAGUUAAAGAAUCUGCUUCAUAGAAAAAUUCAUGUGUACCUAUUUUGUGACAUUUUCAUCACACGUUUCCCUUCUCUAGUUUUUCUAACAAACUAUGGAAGAUUCUCAUGAAGCGUUUUUGUACAAGCUGUUAAAUAUAAUCAGGCCGUUGCCAUCUUGUCUUUA